GGAGGCGGAUUAGCUAAAACACAGCGACCUACCAUCUGCUGAGCUCUCACUUUAUUUAAAGCCUGAGAGAAGAACCCAAACAAACCCUUUAAAGGUUUUUCUCCAGGAGACAGAAGUCAUCAGAAAGGGAAGUUUUUGGUCUAGGAUGUGGAUAAUUCAUCGCUCAAAGUGCUCAUAUGUUUCAGACUUCAUCAAAAUUGAAAACAAAACAAAAAACGUUUCCACUGUGUUUUCAUAGAAAACUGACGAAAUACACAGGAGAGAAAUGAGCUGUCUUGUUUUAAGAAACUGCAUAUUCCUUUUCUGUAUGAUAAACAAAUGCUGAGGAAAGCAGCUUUAACUAAAAGUUUUUGAGGGCUGAAUACGAAGCAGACUGGACUGACCUUUUCACAGUGAUUUUUUUUUUGCACAUGCACCUUAACAGGAGGAAGUUGCCAUUUACAUUGUUUCCCUUCAUGCCGCCGUAUAGACUUUUAAUCUUUCAGAUAAAGACCAGAGCCCUCUCUUAGAAAAAAAAAAAAAGUAAUCUGCAGGCCGCAGACCGAGAAGCAAACAAAAACAUGUUCUGGUGACCAAAAUAGAACCGGAGAACGAGCAAAAUCUGGGAAGGCGAAAAAAAAAAGGAGCAAUAAAAAGAUGCAAACAGGGAACGCUGGAGAGUUUCCCUUCCCUCCGUGCCAGUUUUUUUUAACAGAGCACAACAAACUUGAGUAAUUUCUGUGGCUGCUUUCCAUGGGAACACAUCCAAAAGACACUGGAGCUGACCCUCCUGGGAGGACCGGAUAAGCUGCGUUUAAUACUUACUGAAGAAGAAUGUUAAAGUAAAGUCCUCUUGUCAAACUCAGGAACAAAGUUUGCGAGGAAUACUCCUGAACGAGAGGACGGGACUGCAAGCGGCGACCUGGACUUUUCGCAGCGUUUUCUUUUACUGUGUUCGCCGCAUUCAUUAAGGAUUCAAAGGAACACGAGACUGACGUAUCGUAUUCUGGGUGGCGAUGGAGAGAGGACACAUGUCCAUCAGGAGGGGAGUGAGCUGGAGUCCAGGAGAACUGAGAAAACCUCUGAAGCUAAAGGAAGACAUGCACGGCUCCGAGUCGGACGGAAACACAUCAUGGGAGAGGAGGGGAGUCAACGAAAAGCACAUGAGCCGGAAAACAAGUCUGACCAGGAGUGCCAGUUUAUCAGAGAAGGAGCUGAGGGAGGCACGCCUGAAGAGUCAAAUCAUCGCUGCUCAGCUUACCACCCACCCGUCCAACUCCAGCUCUACCUCCAGGGGUGUCCAACUCUUUAACCGCCGUAAGCAGAGAGUGAAUGCCUUCACGCUUGAAAGUUGUGAACGGGGGUCAGAGGUGGACAAAACGGAGAAUGUGAAAAACAACAACUCGUCUGACAAACAAACAUGGGCAGAGAGGAGCAUUGAAGAAAAGGAUAAGGACCUUAAUUUGAAAAAUACAAAACCACUCGUCUUGUCGCCUAUGAACUCUGUAGGUGUUAUCAUGGAUGAGCCAAGUAAGGAUUUUAAUAAAGAACACAUUGACAACAACGUUAUCCAGGAGAGACAUUUCCUUCCUGUUAAAGAGGAAGAAGAAGACGAAGAGGCAAAAGACGAGAUCCAAGAUGUUCUAAAGGACAACGAGAUGUCUUUCAAAAGGGACAACACUGACACAGUUCAGAUGACACAUGUAGAAAGGGAGACAGAGACAAUUGAGGGCCACACAGAACCAGUUUCCAGUACAAAACUUCCCAAUGGUUGUCACAGCACUUCUGGACCUGAAAGGACCUCCAUGCCCCAAUCGAAGCAGGCAACUGCCAUCGUCAACAGAACUGCCAGGCCUUUCUUCUCACCCCCAACAGUGCUCUCUUCAGAGGCAGUCAAUCCUGUGAUGGACAUACCACCUCCUCCAUCUUACUCCACACCUCCUCUCCCUUCUUCAGCUGUCCAGCCUGUCACAUUCUCACCGCUGCCUCCACCUCCGUCUUAUCCAAUGCCUCCUCUGCCAGCCUUCACAAAUCAACCCCCACAGACCUUCUACUCAAGUCCCUCUCUGAUGUCUCCUGUCAUGUCCCCUUCCUCUCCUCUACCAUCCCAUUUCCCUGUUUCUCAGUACCCACCCGUCCUCCAGUGUGGCCCUCCCACUGCCCAAAAGCUCUCCACUUUUGUUCCCCAGCACACGGAGGAGAGGAAGAUGAUAACACAAAUCAAAACAGGAAUACUCGAAGAAGGGGCUGCCAGAAGAACAACAAAGAAGUCAAUGUUUACAUUUAAAGAGAAGCCAGUGAUAGCUCCCAACCCUGAGCUGCUCUCUCUGGUGCAAGGGGCAGAUGAAAGAAAGAAACAUGGACACGUAUCUGUUCCUGAGCCAGCAUCUGAAGAUGAGUUAAUGGCUCUGGGAGCAGAAGCCUCCAACUUCCUGGCCAAAGAAGCAAGCACAACAGAGGGAACAAAAGCACCAGAGUGGGCCUCUUGUCUCAAGAGCUCAAAGACCCGACCGAGGAUGGAGCACCAUCCAGAGCAAACCCUCACCAAUGUGUCGGGAAAAGGGGUUGAGCUGUUUGCAAAACGACAGUCCAGGAUGGAGAAAUAUGUUGUCAAGGAUCAGAAUGUGGGACAAAUUAGGUCUCCCUCUCCUGCAAUGUCACUACCACCAUCUUGGGUUUAUCCAUCAAACAUGCCAGGACGAGUUAAAGCCAUUGCCAAGAACUCUGACAUGAGUGCUCAGCUUUCUCAGAAUCUGAAAGCCCAACAAGCAGUCAAGCAAAAACAAAGGCCAAAAGCUGCAUCACCAGAACCAGUUCCUGAGCCGCCUCCUUUGGAAAAUGGCUGCUCUAAGAUUGAGAUGGACCUUUCAAGGCAUCGGCCUUAUCAGCUUAACUCUUCCCUCUUCACCUUUAAUCCGGUCAAGGACCCAAUCAGUACCCUCCCCAGAGGAGCACCGCAGGCCAAGAACCAAUUUACCACCAGCACUUUUCCCAAACAGACUUCUCUUACCAACAAUGCCCCUUCCCGCUUCCAAAGCAUGUCUCCUCAGCUGCCUCUCAGCCCCACAAGAGUACCAGAGUAUCCAUCAAAUCUAGGUUCUGGACAUCCAGGGAUCAGUUCUCCUGUGCCUGCCUUUUCUUCUGAGCGAGUCUCCUCUUCUCGAUUGGGAGUUCAGGCACCAAGGCCAACGUUUUCUGCCAAGAAGGCAGGAAUUACACCACAGGUGUGGAGACCCUCUCUGUACCACUUUUAGAAAAUGUGUUCAUGUCAGAGACUGAAUAUUAUGCAGAGAUUAACCAUGUCUACAAAAUUUAAGCAAAUUUUAGUGG